GGUAGAAAACAAAAUAAAUAAUUGCGGGAGUAUUUAUUUUUAUUUUAGCUUUUCCUUAGGGUUUCUCAGCUUUUCCGUAGGGUUUAUCAGCUCUUCCUCAAUUUCAUCUACGUCUUCUCUGCCUUCUCACUAUCUUCACUGUACCCCUGAUCACUGUUUACGCAAAAGCAUUCAACCUCCAAAGGGCUGUAUUUUGGUAGAUCUCUUACUUCAAGGACUGGGAGAAGAUCAAAGAGUGUAAUGGGAGCAAAGAGGAAGAAGAGAGAAGAAGUUGGGGGGGAUGAUGAAGUAGCUGGAGGAAAGAAACAAAUACUCCCAUCUAUGAUAAAGAACAAGGACAAGAGAAGUGCUGUUCAUGCAAAGCUCAAGCACCAAAAGAAGAUUGAGAAGCGUAAAAAAGCAAAGGCUCGUGAAGCUGCUGAGAAGAGAGCUCUUGAGCUUGGUGAGGAGCCUCCUGUGAAGGCGAUCCCCCGCACUAUUGAGAACACCAGAGAGUUUGAUGAGACCGUUUGCAAGCCUGAUGAUGAAGAGCUAUUUGCUGGAAAUGAUGCAGAUGAGUUUAGUUCAAUUCUGAAUCGGAAAUCUGAUCCAAAGAUACUGAUUACCACCUGCCGCUUCAAUUCUACUAGAGGACCUGCUUUUAUAUCCGAACUGCUAUCGGUGAUCCCAAAUGCUCAUUACUAUAAGAGAGGAACCUAUGACCUGAAAAAGAUUGUAGAAUAUGCAAAAAUCAAGGACUUCACUUCUCUUAUAGUUGUUCACACCAAUCGCAGGGAACCAGAUGCUCUUCUAAUCAUUGGCUUACCAGAUGGACCUACUGCCCAUUUCAAGCUCUCAAAACUUGUUUUACACAAGGAUGUCAAGAAUCAUGGAAACCCAACUAGUCACAUACCUGAGCUAGUGCUGAAUAACUUCACAACACGUUUGGGUCAUCGUAUUGGGAGGAUGAUACAAUCACUUUUUCCUCAAGCUCCAAACUUUCGUGGGCGUAGAGUUGUGACAUUCCACAAUCAGCGCGAUUUUAUAUUCUUCCGCCAUCAUCGGUAUAUUUUUGAAAGCAAAGAAAGUAAGCAAGGUGAUACAAAAGGUAACAAAGACAAAGAUGCCAAGGGUGAGAAAAGCUCUCAAGGAAAAGUGGUUGCCCGCCUUCAGGAGUGUGGCCCUCGGUUCACGCUGAAGCUAAUAAAUUUACAGCAUGGAACAUUUGAUACCAAAGGCGGGGAAUAUGAGUGGGUUCACAAGGUAAAUUCAUUUCUCAUCUCAAUCCCAAUCGGUCUGCUGUAUGGAUUUGAUUCCUGAUACUUAAAUCAGUUGGUAUUUGCUCUAAUUUCUUCUCCCUUGCCCUGAAUUUUAGCCGGAGAUGGACACAAGCCGCAGGAGAUUUUUCUUGUGACCCGUUUUCAGAUUUGUCGUGAAAGAUCAGAGUUUUGGCGCAUUGGAAACUCAUAUUUGACUUCCUGGGCGUCUGAAAUUUUGUUGUUUGAAUUCAACAAAAAAACGAACUGAUAUGUACCAUCUGUUUAGGCUGAUUUUGAAUUCAAUACAAAAAAACGAACUGACAUCACAGAUUAGGGUUUUCGUUUCCUGUUUGAGAUGCAAGAUAAAUUCUUGUCAUUAUCUACAGUACGGCUGAUGAUUUGUAUUAGUUGAUCAAACUUUGAUGGAACACUGUUCAUACCCGGAGAAUUUAAAUGGGUAGAGCUAUUUUUUGGUUGGUAAAUUGAAGCCCGAUUUGGCCGCAGUUCUUGUCAAAA